AUUAGCAGAUAACAAAGGCUGGAAAGCUGCCUUACAAAUAGUUGGAAACGGUGACAAAAUGAUGGAAAAGUAUAAGGAUCGGAUUCCAGUCUUUAAUAAACCCUGGUUAGAAUCUCCUUUUAGUCGGUGGAAAUAUGGUAGUAAAUCUAGUCAGAAGGUGACACUUACAGAAGGAGUAAGAGGAAGGAAAGAAAGGUCAAUUCCUUUCGUAGUAGGGGAGAAUAUGGUUGGGCAGGACGCCAAGGAUCGAUUACAUGUUUCAACUGUAGAGGAAUCGGUCAUAUUGCCUCAAACUGUCCCUCCACAAGUUCAAAGGCCUUUGGUAAACCUAAAAAUGAUGAUUGACUACGCUCAGGCCCCUUCGAAAGAACAAGUAAAAAGUAUGGAAUCAGUAGAUACGUUAGUUCAGGCAUCAGGGGAUUUCAGGUGUAGUGGAACCAUGGAAGAAUCUAAGUUGGCAGUUCCUAGCAGUAAGAGUAGGCUAGUUAGUAUGUUACUUGCUAGAGCUCAGAUCCUGCGUAAAAAUUCUGUAUCUCAGAACUGGAAUCAGCAUUUAGACAGAGCUUGGUGUUUAUAUGAUAAUUACUGUAAAGUUAUGGGUUUAAAAGCACUACCAUCUAAAGUAGAUACACUUGUAUCCUUCAUUGUCUGGCUUGAUCUUACGCAUGCCUUUUCAAAUUGUACAGAUGUUCUGGCUGCGGUUUCAAGAGAACAUCUAGAAGCACA